UUAUCAUCAUCCUCAUCAUCCUCAGGAUCAUCAGGAUCUCACACUACUCAAAUGCGGAGGGGCAUGAAGCGACCAUAACGGGACUCUGAACACACACACACACACACACACACACACACCCAACACACAGGAUCAUGACGAAAUCUUGCACAGAAGAACCUCCGAUGAUCGAGUCUCAGGCCGGCAGCGCCAAUUGGACCGAUAAGAAGCAGAAGCCAGGGCACGAGGCCAUGCGCAAAGACUCGGAGAACGACGAGGAGGAGGCUGUACACAUGCUCGAGGACGCGCACGAGCUGGACGAGGAAGAAGAGGAGGAAGAGGAAGAGGAGGAGGAGGAGGAGGAAGAGGGCGACGACGCGGGCAAGCCGAAGCGCCGAGGGCCGAAAAAGAAGAAGAUGACCAAGGCGCGCAUGCAGAGGUUUAAGCUGAGGCGCAUGAAGGCGAACGCACGGGAGCGCAACCGCAUGCACGGGCUGAACGACGCGCUCGAGAGCCUGCGCAAGGUGGUGCCGUGCUACUCGAAGACGCAGAAGCUUUCUAAGAUCGAAACGCUGCGUCUGGCCAAAAACUACAUCUGGGCGCUGUCUGAGAUCCUGCGAUCGGGCGAGAGUCCUGAUCUGGUGUCGUUCGUGCAGGCUUUGUGCAAAGGUCUCUCCCAGCCCACGACUAACCUGGUGGCAGGGUGCCUGCAGCUCAACCCGCGGACGUUCCUGCCCGAGCAGCAGAGCCAUGCGCACGGAGCGAGCGUCGCGUCCUACGCCGGUAUGCACCCUUACUGCUACCAGAGCCCCGGUCUGCCGAGCCCGCCGUACGGGGCAACGGACGGCGCGCCGCAUCACGCGUUUCACACCAAGACGGCGGCGCACGCCUACGGGAGCACGCUGCUGUUGCCGCCGCCGCCUCCUCCGCCGCCGCAGCCGCCGAGCGCGCUGCAGCCGGAGCCGUUCUACGACGCGGCGCUGGCGGACUGCGCGCACAGUCCCGCCGCCUCCUUCGACGGGCCGCUCAGCCCGCCGCUCAGCGUCAACGGGAACUUCUCUUUCAAGCACGAAGCGCCGACGGAGUUCGAGAAGAGCUAUCACGCGUUCGGCGGCGGCGUGCAGCCCUACCAUCACCACGCGCCGCCGCCGCCGCCCGGACACCACCAUCACCCUCAUCACCCUCAUCACCACCCCCACCACCACCACGCGGCGCUUUACGAUUUACCACCAAUGGAGAACGUCGGGCCCUACGAGGGUCACUCUCAUCAUGAACGAGUCGUUCACAUGAACGCGCAACUAAAUGCCAUAUUCCACGACUCGUGAGCUCGAGAGGACUUUUGUUUUCAUUCUUUUUUUUCCCCCAGAGACAGUUCGAUUCAUAUAGUGCGUGUCAUCAUGGUCACCUGUUUAUGGCUUAUUGCAAACAAAAAAAGAAGAAGAACAGCAGAAAAACGCCCUACACUUAAAUUAACAUAAAAGAAAAAAGAAAAAGAAAAAACGUUGGCACGGGUUGCCCUGUAAUCUGCGUCCAAAAUGCUAAAGCACAUGCGUGGAAUAGCCUAAUUAAAUUAUUUGUUCGUUUACGCGCUGGACUUGAAGACAGGUAUGCAGGGUCAUCAGUCGGGCACGUGAAGGAACCAGAGACAUAACAUCACACACACGCACAGUUCAAGUUGGUUCUUUAAGCUUCCAGAUGCUUGACUUAUGGUGUAAACCUACAAUACGGCGUUUAAAAAUAUCAGUAUACUAAGGCUACUCCUGUCUAAAAGUUCUCCAGAUGUGGUCUGAACGUAGAUUUGUCUAUUUUUCCCUAAUCAGACUAAUUAAUAUAAUUUCAACAGGUGAUAGGUAAUUAACGUGCACUAGAAUGUGAUCUGUGUGUUCAAAUUUUUUACUUUGGGAAAAAGUUAACAGUAUAUUUGGUAUUUUGAAAUUGCAUUGUUUUAUCCUUGGUUUAAAAUAAGCCCCCAAAACUGUACAUUUUUGUUAGGUGUGUGGUAACAUGCUGAUAGCCAGCAGCCUGUGUUGCGUUGUGUUACAUUUGUGAAAUGUGUAUUAUUAUUAUUAUUAUUAUUAUUAUGAUUUAUACUACUAUGUAAAGUGUUAUACACAGAAUACUUGCUGCUGGUUGGCUAACGUACCAUGCUAGUAUUCUUAAAUGUAGCAGCCAGCAUAUCAGCGCACAAGUCUAACAAAAUACAGGCUAGGUACAACAACUUUAACUAUUAGAUUAUUAUUAUAAUUAUUAACAAAAUAAAGGAAAUUUAAGGAAUCUAGUUCAGAUCUGGUUCGUCAGUUUGUUGGAGCAACAAUUAGCUAUACAUUGCUCAGGAGUUCAUUUUCAACAUAACGCAUUUUGUCAAACAAACAAACCAACAAAAUAUUAUGAUAGUCUGCCAAAUAGUAAAAAAUACAGUAAUUUUGACAUAAUGUUUAUUGGGAUAUGGUGCUAAAAUUAUACAUAAAUAAAAAGUUUUACAUUAAAUGAAAAGUUGUACAUAAAUAUCUUGGAAACCGCUAUCUAUUGUGGCGAGGGAAACAGUAAAGAAGCCGUUGUGCUUCCAAUUUCGAGUUUAUUCCCAUUUACACGCGUCGAAUCGGUGUAGGUGUCAAUUCAACACAACAGGGCUUUUUUCUGCUGUUCUGUUCAGAAACACACAUUAUAUGCUUAAUCCUAUGGUAUGUAUUUAUUGUCUUUAUAACUGCCUUGAAAGGAGAAACAACAGGAUGCACAUAUUCUCUCCUUUAUCUUAUAUGUAUUGUAAAUUUGAUUUCUAUGCGCUCACUACUGUGCAUCGUGGUCACAGAUAGAAACAGGUGUGUGACCUUAAUUCAGAAUGUGUUAAUUCUCCACGUUACACAAGAAAUCACAAAGCAAUAAUUUGGGAAAAAAAAUAAUAAACUAUGCAAUUUUUAAUCAAAUAUACUGGGCCAAUUAUAGAAAUGAAUAGAGAGAUUGCUAUAUUUUUCAACCUACUACAUUUUACUACUUAAUGUACUUAAUACUACUCAUACUACUCUAUCCCAUACUGAAUUAUUUUGUUGUGAUUUUUGUAAUAGAAUUGUUAAUUUUUUUAUAAAGUCGGAUUCGUGCGCCAUGUCAUGCAACUCCCCCAACCCCAAUCAUUAAUGUUUUAUAUAACAAAAUUGAUUUUAUCUCCUUUCUACGGGAAAAAAAAACAAUGGUCACUAAAACACCAUUGUUGGGGGUGAAACCAGCAGGCAAGUGCUUAUAAGACUCUGUUACGUUGCCUUAGGAAUCAAUCAUUUACUGUAAAAAUCAUGCAAAAUUGCACAAAUCCAUCCUUCCAAAACCCCCCUUGUUUUUUUCUUCUUUUAAACAGCCACAAUAAUGACAGAUCACUUAUUUAAAAGGAAAGAAAGAAAUGGUGGACUAUAUUACACUGUCUGAGUGCUGGGAAAGAUUUGGUGUUAUAAAAAAGUGUUGAUGUUGUAUAUAUAUUAAAAAGCUUGACUAUCACCUGAAAACUGCACCCUGUAAAAAAAAAAAAACCGAAAAAAAAACAUAAAAAGGGGGUUGACCUUUCCAAAUGGAAAUAAACACUUAUCUCUAUCACA